AUGCAGUUUGCGGAAUGGGAUCUACCGGAUACACAUGACUUGAUAUUUGGUCAACCAUGGUUUACCAUGUACAACCCCCAGAUCAACUGGCGUACGCAACAAAUUGAAGUUGCAGCACAUACGACGUUCGAAUACGUGGAUGGUCCGACCUUCCAAGCGAAAUUGACUAGCGGGGCCUACGAGGAAAUGCAUCAAUUAAAAGUUACCACCAUAGACCAUACGGAGAUACCACCCGAGCUACAGCCAGUGCUGGACGAAUACAAGGACGUAUUCCACGACCAACUUCCAGAGAUAACGCCUCCGACGAAAUCGGUCAACUUUGAGCUACACAUAAAGCCUGAUGGGGUGCCAAGUUCUAGGGCCCCCUUCCGUCUAUCGAAAGUGGAGCAGGACACUCUCCAACAAUUUCUGGAGGAGAAUAUACGGAUAGGAUGGGUCGAGGUGUCCAACUCUCCAUGGGUCUCAAAUAUCUUUGGGAUUCCGAAAAAGGAUCCUGUAACCGGAAGGUUCCCUAAACGCGCCGAAUGGCUCCGCAGCGGGAAUUCCAAGAUCCUCACUAGGUAG